AUGGCUAGCCCAAUUGUAAUUGUUGGUGUACUAGGCAACAUCAUUUCAAGUCUAGUCUACCUUUCUCCCAUGAAAACUUUUUGGAGAAUUGUAAAGAAAAGAUCAACAGAGGAUUUUUCAUGCAUUCCUUACGUUUGCACAUUACUGAAUGGAACCCUAUGGGUUUACUAUGGAAUCAUCAAGCCAAAUAGCUUCCUCGUGGCCACGGUCAAUGGUUUUGGUGCUGUAACUCAGAUUGUUUACAUUCUGAUAUUUCUGACGUUCGCAUCUCCAAGACUGAGGGCUAAGACAGCCAUACAAUUUGGAAUUUUGGAUGUUGGAUUUGGUGCAGCAAUAAUCUUGUUUACUAAGUUUAUGUUUCAAGGAGAUGUUAGAAUCGAUGUUGCUGGAUUCAUCUGUGUUGGCUCCACUAUGAUUGCUUAUGGUUCACCUCUUGCAGUUAUGAAAACAGUGAUAGCAACCAAGAGUGUUGAAUACAUGCCAUUCCUUCUCUCAUUUGCUAUUCUCCUCAAUGGUGGGGUUUGGACUUUCUAUGCCGUGCUUGCAAAAGAUUACUUUUUAGGAGUACCAAAUGGAAUUGGAUUUCUUCUUGGGAUAGCACAGUUGGUUCUAUAUGCUAUAUAUCACAGACAUAAGCCAUUGAAGAAAGUAUCCGAUAAUUUGGAGGACGGAUUGCAAAAUGAGUCCCUUAUCCCUGCUUCUGACCCUGUUUCAUAA